AUGCCGAAAAUAAGACAUAAGCCCGUCGCAGAGCUCCCAGUGACGUGGCGAUGGAGCAAGGUCAAACAUCACUGCAAGUUGGGUUCAACUUUUGCGAAUACGUGUGUCACAGUUAUAAAAUCAACAAUAGCAAGGCCUAAUAAAUCUGAUCCUGUGGCAUUAUAUCAUCAAUAUCAAAAUAUAUGGAAAAGGACCAGUAUACCUGGAGUUCAAUCUAGGACAGACUUACGAUGGGCUGUUAGAGAAAAAAUGUUGAGCGGUCCAAAGAACUUGGCCCAUGCUAGAUUUGGUAGGACAGAUAAAUCGAAUGUUGCCCAACAUAUACUUCAUGAUGGUCAUAGAAUAGGAUUUGACAACCUUAAACUUAUUAAGGAAGUUAGGGAACCAAGUCUGCCAGAUAGUUAUGAAAGUUUAUACAUCUAUAAAUCUUUAAAUAGCGAUAACGGACCGGUACCCAACUCUAGUUUGUAUAAAUUAGUUUGUUAG